AUUCCGUCUUUUUCCGAUCCAAAAUAUAACCUCUUCAGAGGCGUUCCGUCAGCAGCACUUCCUAUUCAACGUCAUCAGUAAAGAAAGCAGACAGCAUGGCUUUGCCGUCAGCAAGUUCCACAUCUGUUGGUGGUGGUGGACGUGGACCAUCAAAAUCUGUUACUCCUCGAGCUGGAGGAGGAACAACAGCCAGACAAAGGAAAACCACAUCAAGUACAGCACCUAGAAAAGCAGCUGGCAGUAGUGCAGGAAUGUGGCGUUUUUAUUCAGAAGAUUCUCCCGGGAUCAAGGUGGGACCUGUUCCUGUCUUGGUGAUGAGUUUGCUGUUCAUUGCUUCUGUGUUUAUGCUUCACAUUUGGGGAAAAUACACUCGAGGAUAAGUUCAUUGUUUGACACCCUCACUGACAUGUUUCUAAGCCUUUCAUCAGGGUCCACAGUCAAUGUUUAUUUUGUCAGUGCAUGCAUGUUUAUUUGGCAUACCUGCAUUCUGGCUGAGAAUGGUGAAAGAAUGCGUCUUGUGUUUAUACAAAAUGGUUCUGAUGAAACUGACUGGGUCUUAUUUGGUGGAACAGCUGUAAUAAAACCCUGUAUUGUCCAA